AUCAACGCCCGCUAGGAGCCUACGACAAUCGACAUCCUCAAGCUUCCACUAUGCCGGCACAAGAAUCAAACUUCAAGCGCUUCGUCGAGGUUGGCCGGGUGGUACUCCUCAAGUCCGGCCCCCAAGCCGGCCACAUCGCUGUGAUUGCGGAAAUCAUCGACCACAACCGGGCAAUCAUUGACGGCCCCACGACUGGCGUGCCCCGACAGGCAUUCCCUUACCGCCACCUCACCCUUACGCCGUUUGUCCUCACCAAGCUCCCGCGCGCCGCAGGCUCAGGGGUUAUCCGCAAACAGCUUGAGAAGGAGGCGACUGUUGAGAAGUGGGAGAAGUCUAGCUGGGCGCAGAAGCGCGCCGCCGUCGAGAAGCGACGGUCGCUGAACGACUUCGAGCGCUUCUGCGUUAUGGUCGCGAAGAAGGCUCGCCGAGACACUGUGCGCAAGACGCUCCACAAGGCAUGAGUGCAUUGUUCGGGGUGUGGGCGAGGAUGUGGUUGCUGAGGGACCACUGCAUGGGAUGGGAUCAAAACGAGCCGGAACGUGCUCUUGACGGCGACGUCCCUAUGUUACACUAUUGCAUUGUCAUUUAUGCGCACUACAUGAAUAUGACAUGCAUACUGCUUUCCUGCUGUAUCAUUUC